AUGAGGGAAGAGAAGAUGGACAUCGUGCGCCAGCUACUGGAAGCCCGCGCCGACCCCAACGUCGCCGAUCCGAAGAGCGGGGAGAAGCUGCUGAUAAAGGAGGUGAUAUUGGGUGAGGAAGCGAUGGAGGGCGAGGAGGCGAUGGUGCAGAUGCUGCUCUCACACGGUGCUGACGCCAACGCUGCCGUGAACUCGUACGGAGAUACCUCCCUGCACAUCGCGGCUUACUCUGGCCGGAUGGACAUCAUGCGCCUGCUACUGAAGGCCCGCGCCAACCCCAACGUCGCCAAUACGGAGAGCGGGGAGACGCUACUGAUGAAGGCGGUGAAGGAGGGCGAGGAGGCGAUGGUGCGGAUGCUGCUCUCAAUGUCCUAA